UAUUACGUAUGAAUUUCUGGAUUUUUAACAACAUUGAAGCUAUUUUUGUAAGAUUAUAGGGAUGGUUCUAAGGGUGAAACAUGUAAGAUACUGUUUGUAGGCAUUAUAUCGGACUACAAGCAGAGUAGAGAGAAAAAAAAGCAGGGAUUAAGUUUUGUUUGGUUUGUUACUUUUGCUCUUGUUUUUGCGAUUUGCUGUUGUAUGUGAUAUUCUAUAUCCUUAUGGGGUGCUUGCUAUGUCUAUGUUUGAAAUUGAUACCAUGUGGCAUCCUUGUUUGCAUUUUGCUUAUAAGUCGAAAUUCUGAAUUCAGGUUUCCUAACACCUAUUUGCUUGUUGGUGUUUGCAAUGAUGCUACCACUCACAAGUUUAAAGGGAAAACUGUUAUGACGGAGUCCGAACGGUGGGUGGAUGAAGUCAUUCCUGAUGCACCCUGGGUUUAAUUUAUUUAGUAGUGAUUGAUAUGUUUGGUUCUUAUCAUGUUGUGCCACUUUGGAUUUCUUGUAAUGCAUUCAGUCCUACACUUCAAAGAGCACCAGAUUAGAAUAAAAAAAUGAAGCAACAACUAAAGAAGCCAACUAGAAAGUUAAGCUUGCAAGAGCUGCAAUGGGUAACAACAACCCUGGUUGCCGUGGAUUCAAGAAAGAUAAGGACCCCCUUAAGUCACUCAGUGCUCAGGGACCCAAGAAAGGAAGACGGGAAAGAAAAGAUGGCAGUGACAACCAUAAGCAAAAAAGAAACAAAGGUGAGAUACAAAACAAUGAGACAGAAAUGAUCAUAUCAUCAUCCUCAUGUGGACGGACUACUUGCGUCAAAUGGUGGCGGCAAGCAGAGAAGAUUGAGGUGCAAUCGUUAGAAGAGCUUCCAAAGCAGCUAUUCCUGGAAAUAUAUGAGCUUUCUCAAGCAAAGGAUGUCUACACAAAAUGCAUAUCGUCCGUGAUCUCUGGGGUUGUUCAUGGUCUCAAUGCAACUGUGUUUGCGUAUGGUUCUACCGGAAGGUUAUCUAUGAUUUGCUUGAAAAGUCAUCCGGCCAUUUGGAACUCAGAGAGGAUCCAGAGCAAGGAAUCAGUGUUGUUGGCCUCAGGUGUAUAA